AUGCCUCCAAAAAUACGCGGCUCGCUCUCCAAGAGCUUGUCGCGUGCAGGAGACACCACCGCCACCGACUUCUACUGCCCAUCGUGCGCCAUCCACCGACGCAGCCUCCCCACGCGCCGCAUCCGCACCCAAGGGGCGGCGACCACCACCCGUCUCUCAUCCACCUGGACCCCGCCGUCGACAGCCGCUGCUGCUCCUCGCCCGGUAACGGCAUCGUCCGUCGUCCACGGAGCGAGACAUGUCCCGCCGCGCCUGCGCGAACUGUACGGGGGAUUGAGCAAACUCAAUGACGUUGCGCCGGAGCAGGUUAAUAUCAGUCGGUUGCAGCUUGCCCUGCGAGGGUUGGAGACGGAUCAUCCGUUGAUUAGAGUUGCUGUUUUGGGGUUGAAUGAUGCUGUGGCUGCGCGCAAACUUGUUCGUUUGCUGCUGGCGGAUCCGUUGGGCGAGCAGGAGGGGUGGGAGGAUGUUUUGGAUGCUACGGAUGGGGAUGUGACGCAGGGAUUGCUGAUUCGCUAUGGCGACACGUUCGAGUCAAUCCCGAACAACCUCCUCCCGACGAUUACAGUGCCCUCCCCCAUUCUGAAGAGAGGCAAUCUCGAGAUCCUAAUAUCGACCGUGGGCGCCGAGACGAAAUCGUCCCACUCCCAAUUCAGCGCAGACACCUUCCUCGUUCCGACCGUGACGAUCCAGACGUCGCACUCGGGCCAACAUAACUUCGUCCGGUACCCCGUCCACCGGACCAUCGUGUGCGGCAGCGGGAUGGAGGGAUUACUCGCGUACAGCGGACUGCUCGCACGCUCGGACCUGCAAAGCGAGGCCGAGUCAGUCUACGGGGCCAUCGAGCUGCCGAUCAAUGCUUCGCAGAAACACAGCGACCGCGUCGCCUUCGUGGACGUUGACCAGGCGAGCGAUGCCCUGGCCAAGUUCCGCGAAUCCGUGCAGAACGCGACCCUGUACGAGCGCGGGUGGAACGGCAGCGGGGUGCAGCCCGUCGUGGACUGGCUGUCGGCGCUGCGGACGCAGUCCGGCAAGCUUGAUCCCUCAUUGAGGACGUUAAUCACGGCUCUGCUCGACGCCGCCGAGGCCGGCGUGGCCGCUAAAGAGCAGCGAAACGCAGAGGAGCUGGAGGCGGAAUCGGUAUCCGACGCCGUCCGCGCGAGCAUGGGCCGCGAGCUGACGACGUGGGCCGAACGGGGCCACUCGGAGCUGCGCAGCGCUCUGGAAGAGGGCUUCGCGAGUAAGCGGUGGAGGGGGCUCGCGUGGUGGAAGCUCUUCUGGCGGGUUGACGACGUGGGCAUGAUCACGUCGGAGAUCCUGGAGAGGAAGUACCUGCGUCGGGCGGAGAAGGAGGUGAUCUGGACGGCGGGGAAAUUCCAGCAGGCUGGUCUUGACAACCUGCCGGAGAUGCCGCAGGCAGCACUUGAAGAACAGACAGUGGCUACAUCUGACGCUGCGGCGACAGACCCUCCGACAACCACCCCAGAAAGCAGUCCCUGGCCUACGCAAAUCACCCGCAGUCGCACGCGCCUCCUAGAGACGACAGUACCAUCUCUCCAAGCACUCGCCCAGCGCCUCGUCCUCUUCAGCAUGUCAACCACCACACUGGCGUCCGCACUCUCCGCCCUCGCCUACCUGUCCAUCCCGGCAGCCUCCCUAUACGAGAGCGGCAGCAUAGCAGCAGUGGGUCUGGCUUACUCUCUCCGCCGACAGCAAAAGAAGUGGGGGACGGCGCGAGAGUUCUGGGAAGACGAAGUGCGCGAGGAGGGUCGCACGGCGCUUCUAGCCACGGAAGAGCAUUUGGGUACGGUUGUGCGCGAGGGGGGACGUCGCGAGGGGGAGGUCUCCGAGCGAGAGGCGCGCGAAACACUCUCGCGGACGAGAAAGGCGCUGGAGAAGGUGCAGUAA